AUGCCUCCGGGUGAUCUCAGUCGCAUGGACCCGCGCCAGGUGCCGGCGCUGGUGAUGCGAAGCGUGGAGAACGCGCGGACGGCGUUAGACGAUGGAAAGGUAGACACGGCGAUAAAAAUGAUGAAGAGCACGGACGCGCUGUGCUCGAGGGUGGUGGCGCCGCCGACGGUGCACGGGAUAGCGUUGAGGGUGCUCGCGGACGCGUACAUGGAGAAGGCGGCGGGACGGACGGAGAGCGGGACGGUAGAGGCGAGCGAGAGCGGAGAGGACGCGGCGAAAGAUAAUGGUAAAGAAGAGGCGGAAGAGGAGUCUGAUUACGUUGAUUGCGCGAAGAGGACGCUGAAGAAGGCGCUCGAUAUUUGCAAGGUGCACGACGGGAAAGCCGGGAUGCCUCGGUUUAUGGUGCAGGAUUUAGCCGGUCGCAUGGGAGAUCUCUACGCAGCGCAAGGGGAAAUUUUUAGACAAGAAGGGAACUAUAAAGAAGCGCUUCGCUCGCUUCGCCUGGGCAUAGGAAAGUUUGAAGUGCUCGGGGCGAACGAGUUUGUCGGCGCCACCUACAAUCGCGUCGCGUACUGCUACAUGGAGAAAGAGCAGUGGAAAGAGGCUCUGGAAGAGCUUCAAAACGCCGAGCGAAUCGUGAACGGGGUCGAGGCCGAGUCCGCCAUCUUGAGCACGACUUUCGCCUACCGAGGCGAGUGCUUAAAGAGACUCGAUAAAAUCCAACUCGCCCGCGCGGCGUUCGAAAGCGCUCUGAAAUUCGGCAUGGCGAGCGGUAACGAGGGCGUCGUCCGCGAGGCCGAAGAAUUUCUAGCCCAAACCCAACAGCACAGCACCGUUGACGACUCUGCUUUCCUUUAA